AUGGCGAUUGUAGGAAUUAAUGGAUUUGGAAGAAUAGGAAGAAUGUGUCUCCGUGCUUGCCUCGAGAAACGCAUUGAAGUAAAAUUAAUCAACGACCCGUAUCUUUCAACGGAAUAUAUGAUAUAUCUUUUUAAACAUGAUUCUACUCACGGACCGUAUCCUUUAUCUUUGGAAUGUGAGAACGAAUAUAUAGUUAGUGGUGAGACAAGAAUUGCAACGUCACAAGAAAGACAGCCAUAUAAAAUAGCAUGGAAAAGCAUGGGAGUGACGUACGUUAUUGAAGCUAGCGGAGCAUUUACGGCUUUAGAAAAAGCAAGCCUACACAUUGAUGGAGGCGCGGAAAGAGUCAUUAUCACCGCGCCGUCUGCAAACGCGCCGAUGUUGGUUUUCGGAGUCAAUCACAUGUGUUACAAUCCAAAGAAAGACAGAGUUGUGUCCGCCACGUCUUGCACUACGAAUUGCGCGGCUCCCAUCAUCAAAAUCAUGCACGACAACUUCGAGGUCCUCGAGGCGAUGAUAACCAGCAUACACGCGGUGACAGCGUCCCAAAACACCGUGGACGGCCCGAUAGAGAAGGUCCGGUCCACUACGUUAUGGAGAGACGGUAGAGGCGCGCUCCAGAAUAUCAUUCCGACCGCAACCGGCGCCACCAAGUCAUUAGGCAAAAUUAUCCCCGAGCUCAAGGACAAGAUUUCUGCCAUAGCAUUCAAAGUACCGAUCCCAAACGUCUCAUUGUGCGACAUGACGUUCAGAGUCAAUAAACCGACAACGUACGAAGAGGUGAAGGAGGCGAUGAAAGAAGCGUCAGACGGGGAUCUGAGAGACGUGCUGGGUUACACGGAGGACGACUGCGUUUCGUCAGACUUCAACCACACGACCUACUCCUGCGUGUUCGACGCCAAUGCGGGCAUCCCGCAGACCAGCACUUUCAUCAAGAUCGUUGCUUGGUACGACAACGAGUAUGGUUACUCGUAUCGUAUAGCCGACCUAAUUCAAUACAUGCAUAACGCCGAUACCGGUAAUAUCCCUGUAACCGGACAAGCUAUCGAACACGGUGACGAUUAACGUCUGAUGAA